AUGAGUGCCUCCAAGGCGCAGUCUCAAAAAAUCUUUGAGAAGCUAAAGUUGAAGCCCGCAAAUAAGGUCUGCUUCGACUGCAGCUCUAAGAAUCCUACCUGGUCAUCGGUCCCUUUCGGUAUCUAUCUGUGUCUUGAUUGCUCGUCUAAUCAUCGCAAUCUCGGUGUCCACAUCUCCUUUGUUCGAUCCACAAAUCUCGACCAAUGGCAAUGGGAGCAACUGCGGGUGAUGAAGGUUGGUGGAAAUGAGUCUGCGACUAAAUACUUCCAGUCACACGGCGGAUCUGCCGCGCUGGCAAGUAAGGAUGCCAAGGUCAAGUACACAUCCAAUGCGGCCGUCAAGUACAAGGAAGAAUUGAAGAGGCGAGCUGCGGUUGAUGCGCAACAGUACCCCGAGGAGGUUGUCAUCACUGAUCUUCCUGCUGGCACCCCCUCCGAUGGCUCGGCUACCCCUGCUGGAGAAGACGACGAUUUCUUCUCUUCAUGGGACAAGCCCUCGAUCAAGCGCCCAAGUAACCCACCCUCCCGUACCGGCACGCCACCCGUUGUGAGCCGCACCGGAUCCCCCUUUUUGACCGCCAACUCCAAUGGCUCCCGCUCAAAGUCUCCAUUGUCUGGAUCUGAGGAGAAGUCUGCGUCACCUGCUCCCGCCCCGGCUGCUAUCCGUGCCAACGCUGCUGCGAAGAAGACUGCCAUUGGUGGCGGUGCCAAGAAGGGAAGCGUUCUGGGAGCCAAGAAGGCCCCUAAGCUUGGAGCGAAGAAGGUCGUCGCUAGUGAGAUUGAUUUUGACGAGGCUGAGCGGAAGGCUAAGGAGGAGGCCGAGCGUAUUGAGAAGCUUGGAUAUGACCCUGAGGCUGAGCAGGCCGAAUCUGCUGCUAAGUCUACUGCUGCGGCGCCAAUUGCCGCUCCUACCCCAGUCAGCCCCAACCGGGGUGGGUUCGGUGCUACCAGCAAGACCCACGAGCGCAACUCCAGCGAUGUUGAGCGACUUGGCAUGGGAAUGAACAGACUUGGCUUCGGUCAGGUCGCCAAGCCUGCAGCUCCCAAGAAGCUUGCAUUUGGUGCUGUUGGCUCUAAGUCUCCGGUCGAUGAGGAGGAACUUACUCAAACUCGAACCCGAUUCGGUCAACAGAAGGGUAUCUCUUCUGACGAAUUCUUUGGACGGGAACGCUUUGACCCUAAUGCCCAGGCUGAGGCUAAGCAACGACUUACAGAGUUUGAUGGCGCUACCUCUAUCUCUAGUAAUGCUUACUUCGGCCGGCCCGAGGAUGAACUCGCUGCAAUGGAUGAUGGCUACGGAGACCUUGAGAACGCCGCCAAGGACUUUGUCCGUCGAUUUGGCAUCACGGCAGGAGAUGAUAUCGAGAACCUGUCGCACCUAGUUGGCGAGGGAGCUACGAAGCUUCAAGGUGCUAUUCGCAACUACCUUAACUCCUAG